AUGUUAAUACCAUACAUAAGUCAUACCACAAAUAAACCUGGAACGCGCGCCUAUGUUAUUUGUGGUCGGGUUGGUGCACAACUAACCUUGAGCAAGGAGUUUGACAGACUACAACAGUUGAAAGUUUUAGAGAUUGAAAAUUUUUCUCAAGAUUCGAUGCAGAUACCUAGUACCCUAGAACCUUUCGACACUCCGGCUGAUCAUGUUGAGGAGGAUGAUCCCGAAGAGGAUCCCGAAGAGGAGGAUUUCGAUGAUACAAAGGAGGACGAAGAUUCUGAUGAUGAGGGCAUAUUUCAGGAUACCAAAGAGAUCAUCGACAACGGUCCUAUUGAGGACGAGGAUGAUCAUGCUGAUGAGGAACCCGCCCCUCCUACUCCACCAGUCUCUCUACCCCGGCUGCAUUAUCAGCCAUAUCUCCUUCGUGGCAAGGGUCCUUGGGUGAUGAGGACCCUAGGGACUAGUAUAUCUCCCGUAUACCACUUGGACCCAGUUGUACCCGUUUCCCAACCCACAUGUCGUCAACUGGAGAAACAAAAGUUUCCUAGUGAGUCAGAUUGGUUCCUAGACCUCUUCCGCGGGAAGAGGGAUGAUCAGACUGGGGAUAGGGUCGGAUCCCUGGAGAGUUUCGUGAGAGAUUCCGGUUCUACUUACCUUGGGCAUCGAGUUAAGAUACUCGAAGAAGGGAAGAAAGAGGAUUCUGAUGCUAUCCAAAAAAUUUAUCAUCGCUCUGGUGCUAACUGUACUGAAGGAAAGGAUGUUUUGUUCAGAACUAGAAGGUUCAUCUCCCAGUUUGUCUCCUGCCGCUCGUUAUUCUUCGGAAAUAGUUGUCACCAGGAUGAGCUUUCCCCUUGA